GAUUUUCAGGGGAAACCACUCUAAUUUUCAGAUGUCCGAUGUUUAGGCCUAAAUCAGACUAAAUCUAGACUUAUAUAGAUCUAGAUCUAGAUCUAGUAUAUAAAAUAAAUGUAACCAAAUCUUUCUCUCCAAAAGACCGUGAGUGCAAUUUAAACAUGGAAGUGCUAAAACCAGAGAUUAUUUUAGUUGGAAAGAGAAGGUAUAGGAAAAAUGAUUACAUAAGAAAAGAAACUUUUAUCUCUGAUGAUAAAGCAUUCCAUAAUGCAGAUUCUUCUAUCACAUGCGGCUAUGAAAGUGAUGAAGCAUGUGAUGUAAAUAAUGAGAUAUUUGAAACUCCUAAAGGUUUCAGUGUCAACAUGCUAAUACCCAAUGUAUAUUUCAAAUACAUAAUUGGGAAAAAAGGAGAAACAAAGAAACGUAUUGAGGCAGAAACAUAUACUAAAAUUAUUAUUCCAAGUAAAGAAGAAGCAUUGAAUGAAAACUUAGGUGAAUCUUUUUUUUUUAAAAUAUAUAUUAAUGAACCUAUAGUCGUCUAAUGUUGUGGUUGUGUUGUGUUUUUCUUUGUUUUGUUCUGUUCCCAAGUUGGUACAUUUAAAAAAAAUUACCUUGGCAGAGCACGGGUAUGCAGCUA